CUCACACACAGGUACGAGGAGCACGGAGAAGGGGCGGGCAGCAACGAAGCGAGCACUAUCUGGAGAGAGCACUCCACACAAUGUCGGACAGCAUCAGGUCCAAGAUUCAGGAGCUGGAGAAUGAGUAUGCCAGGACACAGAAGAACAAGGCGACAAGCCAGCACCUCGGUCUCAUCAAGGCUAAGGUCGCCAAGCUGAAAAGGGAGCUCCUCGAAGCGGACUCCGGGGGCAGGGGAGGCGGCGGAGGAGGGGGAAGAGGUUUCGACGUGAGCAAAGCCGGCGACACCAGAGUGGGCUUCGUCGGCUUCCCGUCCGUCGGGAAGUCUACCCUGCUCACCAAGCUCACAGGGACGCACAGCGAAGCCGCCGCUUAUGAGUUCACAACGCUUACUGCAGUACCCGGCACGCUCAACUACAGAGGAGCGAAGAUACAGAUGUUGGAUUUGCCUGGGAUUAUUGAGGGCGCGAAGGACGGCAAGGGUCGAGGCCGACAGGUCAUCUCAACAGCCCGAACGUGCAACAUGCUGCUAAUUUGCUUGGACGUGAUGAAGAGCAUGACGCACAAGAAGGUGAUCGAGAAGGAGCUGGACGGAUUCGGGAUCCGUCUUAACCAGAAGCCGCCGGACAUCGUGUUCCGCAAGAAGGACAAGGGCGGUCUUAACUACCAGGAAAUCGUGCCUCAGUCGGAGCUGUCUCACGACGUGGUGCAGUCGGUCCUGCGAGAGUACCGGCUGCACAGCUGCGACGUUGUGGUGAAGGAAGACGUGACGAUCGACCAGUUCAUCGACGUCGUAGAGGGGAACCGAAAGUAUAUGCCGGCGUUGUACGUGAUGAACAAGAUCGAUCAGGUGACGAUCGAAGAGCUGGACAUCAUCUGUCAAAUACCGCACCACGUGGUGGUUUCUGCGGCCCACGGUUGGAACAUCGACGAGCUUCUGGAGAAGGUAUGGGACUACUGCAACAUGAUCCGCAUCUACACCAAGCCAAAGGGCCAGAUCCCGGACUACAACGAGCCCGUCAUCCUCCACGACACCAACCCGUCCCUCGAGAUGUUCUGCAACCGGAUACACAAGGAUAUUUUGCCGCACCUUAAGUACGCAUGGGUGUGGGGGUCCUCCGUGAAGCACCAGCCAAUGAAGACGGGCAAGGACCACCGCCUCAACGACGAAGACGUAGUGCAGAUCGUGAAGAAGGUUUAGGCGUACGUGUAUCAGGCAGGCGAAUGCAACCUCCUACUCUUCUCCAACAGAGGUUUGGUGCGUCAUGCAGCGCUUUUUAAGCCUCGAUUGCCGGAGGUGUUGCCUUCUAAGUAUGGCUUUGUUGAGGCUGAGGGAUGCUGAUGCUUCGACCCCUCUCGUCUCCGCGAAGAGCGGCGUCUGAGGUUGUGUUUGUUUUUUGCCGUGAUGUGCAAAUGCGCCCAGAAAAUGUUGGUUGUCAAAGAAGGUUUUUAGAUGAGCUGCCACUACACCAGUGCACAAAUAAGCCGCCCCAGCCCGAAAACAGGGCAACACGAGGUCUAUUGUCAAAGACAUGGGCUCCUUUUCUGUUGCAUGGACUCUUAUGAUGCGUAUUAACGACAGAACACGUUCGAGUAUUGCAGAAAAGUUGGAAGACAACUAUUGCAGAAAAGUUUGAAGACAACUAGCUACAGUAUUGUAGUCGGUAUUCUCCUCGAUUCGACUGCUGUACCUUCGGCCGGCGAGCGAGAAAAGAGGUUUGCACCGGGUAGUUGCUUGUGUGGCAGCGGGGCCCAGGACGAGAACCUGCAACGUUGCAUUCGGUGGUACUGCUGGGGCUCCUCCCGGGCGUAUCUGUCAGGCUGCGAAGUGAAUCGUUGGCAUCGCUGGACUUCUUGGUUCUUCGAAUUAUUGCUUGACGUUACGUGUCCGGAUCCACAACCGCAAUAAUUGUUUUAUC